AGGUCCUCGCACCUUGCAAGGUUUCGGCAGCGCUAUAUAAACGCGUCCAUUAGACUAGCUCUUUACAACCAGAAAACAACUCCGAUCAACAUGAACGCUUUGUCUUGCGCUGUUCUCGCCAUCGUCGCGGUUUCCUCGUUCGCCGCGCCGGUGGACAAUAACACACCGGUUUCGAUCCUGGCGUACACCGCCGAUGGACCCAACCCAGACGGCUCGUACGCUUUCAACUACGAGACUGGAAAUGGCAUCAAGGUAGAGGAACACGGUCAACUGAAACAAGUUAACGACACGAAUUCGGUGAUCGUCGUUCAAGGAUCCUACAGUUUUUCGGAUGUUGACGGGAUUCCUAUUGCCUUGAGCUACGUCGCCGACGAGAAUGGCUUCCAGCCACAGGGUGAACACCUUCCAACCCCUCAUCCGAUCCCAGCUGGAAUUCUGAAAGCCCUGGAAUACAUCGCCGCACACCCCGAACAAGACAAUGCACGCUGAUCGCUCGUUACGCGGAUCGUACAGUAGAGAUAGGACAUAAUUGACGCGACGAUACGAGUCAAGUGCGAACGUUUUACUACUCGUCACGAUGCAGUGUAUUUUUAUAGACUCGUUUCACCUACUUUCUCCAUUUUCGUCAUCGAAUCUUCGCCCGGCGUUAUAACGAUCGUAAGCGAUAGCCGUGUAACAACUGUAACGCAAAGUCACUUGACGUUUAUGUUUUAAGACGGAUACAGCGAUGCUGUACGACUUAUCGUUACUAGCAUCAAUAUACAACGUAAUAUCUGUGUAAAAUAUGUCGGUCUCAAUUGUAUCGUGGAAUAAAUGUUUAGACGUUUAAGCUGA